GACACUAUUAAGCCAGGCCAAAGUGUAUCAGGCCAGCCAGUUGGUAGGCAUAAGCACGGACAAAGCUGCCAGCGCUGAGUGCACCGGUGCACACGCCAAAUAAUUGCUGUUGUCGCAGACGAGUCCGAGGCCGCCAUGAGGGAGUACACCGACGCCAACAACAAGGCGGCCGCCAGCAAAAACCGGCGGGCCAAAUUGACCGUUAGAGAGCGUUUGCAGGACUUGGUGCUGAGCACCGACCAGGCUCUCGAGAUCAAGAACAAGCUCAACCACGAGAUCGAACGGGGUCUCGGCAAGGACACGCAUGACACUUCGUCUGUCAAGUGCUUCAUCACCUAUGUUCAGGACCUACCCAACAGCAAAGAGCGUGGCAAAUUCUUGGCUCUGGACUUGGGAGGCACAAAUUUCCGCGUGCUGCUCAUCACCCUGGCCGAAGGUGCGCAUUUCCACAUGGACUCUAAAAUCUACGCGGUACCAAAGGACAUCAUGACUGGACCUGGCACCGGGCUGUUUGACCACAUUGCUGAUUGCUUGGCCGACUUCAUGAAGGAGUACGAUGUGUACAAAGAGAAACUGCCCCUGGGCUUCACCUUCAGCUUCCCCUGCGUGCAGGAGGGUCUGACCAAGGCCCGCCUGUCCACCUGGACCAAAGGGUUCAAUUGCGAGGGUGUUGAGAACAAUGACGUCGUCAAAUUGCUCAAGGAAGCUAUCGCGAGGCGAGGGGACGUGCAAAUCGACGUGAUGGCAGUCUUGAACGACACAACAGGCACCCUUAUGUCGUGCGCCUACAAAAAACACAACUGUCGAGUCGGCCUGAUAGUUGGCACCGGAAGUAACGCCUGCUACGUUGAGAAGUUGGAGAACGUGCAGCUGUGGGACGGGCCGACCGAAGGCGUUCCUGACCAGGUCAUCAUCAACACUGAAUGGGGCGCAUUCGGCGACAACGAUGUGCUGGAAAAUAUCCGCACAGAGUACGACCGCACCAUUGACAGAGAGUCCAUCAAUCCAGGCAAACAACUUUUUGAGAAGAUGAUCUCUGGCAUGUACAUGGGCGAGCUCGUUCGUCUAGUCCUGGUGAAACUGAUCCGAGAGGGUCUCAUCUUUGGCGGCAAGUCGUCAGACUUGAUCCAAGAAAAGGGAAGGUUUUACACUAAAUACGUCUCAGAAAUCGAGAGUGAUAAGCAGGGCGAGUACCACAGUUGCUUGCAGGUGCUUGAGGAGUUGGGUUUGGGUGGCGUGGCCACCGAGACAGACAUGGCCGACGUAAGGACAGUCUGCGAGCUGGUUUCUCGCCGUGCUGCCCACUUGACCUCGGCCGGCGUCGCCUGCCUGCUCGACCGAAUGGGCGAGAAGGACGUAACCGUGGCCGUGGACGGCUCCGUUUAUCGCUUCCACCCGCAUUUCCACCACCUUAUGAUGGACAAAAUCUCUGAGCUCAUUGACCCCUCCAUCAAGUUUGACCUCAUGCUGUCCGAGGAUGGCAGUGGGCGAGGGGCCGCCCUGGUGGCUGCUGUUGCCUGCAGGGAUCGGUGAAUUGGUCAUCAGUCAAGAUUUAUGUGUAAAUAGGAAACAACACACCUCAAAUAGCAAAGCAAAACAAACAAACAAACAAAAAAAUAAUAAAAAAUAUAAAAAGUUGUGUAAAUGGCACAGCACAGCCAUUAAUAGACUGAUUUUCAAGAGCAGGCGAUGAAACUUUUACGUACUUAUCAGCAACUAUUGCUUUUGAAAGUGACAAAUUGCCACGUUGUUACAAAUCGAUUUGAAUUUUAAAGCCGUGUGGCUGCGGGAUCUUUGUGUACUUAAUCGCGAGCAAUAAUUGCAAGGCGGGUGUCCUCAAAUUUGCCUCUGAUCACAACGCAAGUACGCAUUGACUCAGUCAGAAGUGUAUACUGAAGGAAAACAUGAACUCUUUGCUGUGCCAUUAUAAUAGAAUUAAAUCCAACUGCAGAGAAAGACCUCAUUCCAUUUCAGCAAAUGUUUGGCGGAAAAGAGUUAAAACUGUUAAAGCCACGCGUUGUUAAAAAAAAAAAAAUGAUGUGCGAGCCCAACGCUCUGGUAGUUUUUUGCACUUUUCAGCGUGUUUUGUCUUCAUAUAAGAGGUUUGAGUUAUUUUAAAUAGAUUCAUUGUUAUUGUUGGACCGAAUUUAGGGUAUGAGACGAAUGCUUGCCUGCUACCAAGUUGAAUUUUAGGGGCUUAAGGUGAUUUUCGUUACUGUUACGUUAACACACAGCAGGAUUUUAAAGAAUGGUACAGUGGAAUGGGUAAAUUUUUAACAAUGUGAUACAAUUUUAAUUGGUUGAUUUUUGUUAUAGUUUUUAAAUAACUCAAUUUUAUCAUCAUAAUUCGUAACGUUGCGAUGCAUCUUAAUUUUGUUGGCCCGUCGUUGUAUUAAAUAAAAUUCAUAAUAUUAUUGCUGUAAAAUAAAACAUGAUGCUUCGGAGUGAUACUAUUAAUAUAAGCCACUUCGCUAGACAUUUGUUAAUUCAUAUUUGAAAAAACGGCCAUUAGUAGUAAAAUUUUAAUAGGUUUAUAUCUCAGAUUCCGAUUUUUUGCAAGUUCUUUUGUGCGCUAAAUAUUCAUUAUAUUAUGUAUUGUACAAUUUUGGAAAGGAAUUAUAAAAAUGAGAACAGCCUAAUUUAAAUCGAAGAUAUAUUUUUGUAUGUAGAUACUAUGUCAUUUUGGCGGAUAACUGAAUUUUAUUGAAUACUUUUGUUUAAAUGGCACACACACAUCAGCAAACAACCUACUAUGUACAUGUAUGCAUCACCACAAGUUUAGAUCUGUACAAUUUCUAUAAAUUAUAUUCUCCUCAUUUUGUACUUAUGGGAAAAAAUUUAAUAGUUAAAGCGAAAGCGAUGAAUAAAAGUGCAAAGAGCAAAAAUUAAGUCCUGUGAA